AUGCCUGACUUCAAGCUCUCCGCAACUUUGGAGGGCCACGGCGAUGAUGUUCGCGCUGUGGUCUUCCCCAAUCCCAACGUGGUCCUUUCAGCCUCUCGUGAUGCUACAGUUCGUCUUUGGAAACUCGUCUCGACCCCGCCCCCCGCAUACGACUACUUGAUUGCUGCACACGGCACCGCCUUCAUCAACAGCCUAGCCUAUAUCCCACCCACAUCCGAAUAUCCAGAGGGCCUUGUUCUGUCAGCUGGACAAGAUGCAAUAAUUGAAGCCAGACAGCCCGGUAAGGCUGCCGAAGAUAAUGCGGACGCAAUGCUUCUGGGUCACACCUCCAACGUCUGUGCCCUGGAUGUGUCUCCGAAUGGCAGAUGGGUUGUCAGUGGCAGUUGGGAUUCUACUGCCCGAUUAUGGGAGGUCGGGAAAUGGGAGUGUGCUGUUGUACUGCCGGAACACGAGGCAAGCGUUUGGGCCGUGCUGGCUUACGACGAUAACACAAUUAUCACGGGCUGUGCUGAUCAGUACAUUCGAGUAUACAACACCUCGGGAACCCUCCUCGCAAGCGUACAGAACUCGAAUGACGUCGUCCGGGCAUUGUGCAAGCUGCCUGCCUCGAAUCCUACAGGCGCCAACUUCGCCACGGCUAGCAAUGACGGAAUAAUUCGUCUUUACACACUGCAAGGUCAACUUGUCGCCUCUCUGCAUGGCCAUGAAAGCUUUAUCUACUCGCUGGCUGCGCUCCCAUCUGGUGAGCUGGUAAGCUCCAGUGAAGAUCGUACUGUGAAGAUUUGGAAUGGGACCGAAUGUGUACAGACAAUUACCCACCCUGCAAUCUCGGUAUGGAGUGUUGCAGCCUGCGCAGAGACCGGUGACAUCGUCACGGGUGCUAGUGACCGCAUUGCUCGUGUCUUCAGCAGGAGUCCUGAUCGUCAUGCAACUCCGGACGCUAUUCAGCAGUUUGACCAGGCCGUCAAGGAGUCGGCUAUCCCAGAGCAGCAAGUUGGAAAGAUCAACAAAGAGGAGCUACCUGGUCCAGAAUUCCUCGCACAGAAGUCCGGAACCAAGGAGGGUCAAGUCCAGAUGAUCCGAGAGGCUAAUGGUAGCGUGACCGCUCACACCUGGUCAUCGGCAACACAGGAAUGGGUCGCUAUCGGCACAGUGGUGGACUCGGUUGGAAGCAGCGGUCGCAAGACCGAAUACCAUGGUCAGGAUUACGAUUACGUUUUCGAUGUGGACAUAGAGGAUGGCAAGCCCCCACUGAAACUACCAUACAACGUCUCCCAAAAUCCAUAUGAGGCUGCCACCAAGUUCAUUGGAGACAAUGAGCUCUCUAUGAACUACCUAGAUCAGGUCGCCAACUUCAUCACCCAGAACACUCAAGGUGCCACUAUCGGACAAUCCGCCCAGGAGCCUGCAGGCGCCGAUCCUUGGGGAUCGGACCGACGUUACCGCCCCGGAGAUGCCGCGGCGUCUGAAGAAACCCAACAGCCACCGGCUCCCGAGCCACGCCCUAAGGUUCUCCCUCAGAAGAUCUAUCUCUCAAUUCGCACAGCAAACCUCAAGGUCAUCACGAAGAAGCUUCAGGAAUUGAAUGCAAAACUCGUGGCCGACGGGGCGAAAGACAUAGCUUUGAACCCCUCAGAGAUGGAAACGGUCGUUGCCUUGUGCAGUCAGUUAGAAUCAUCUCAGCAGCUCAAAACUUCGCCUGAAGUCGAGGCUGGGGUGCCCUUAAUUUUGAAGGUCGCCACGACUUGGCCUGUUCCCAAUCGACUGCCUGGUUUAGAUAUACUUCGUCUGCUGGCCGCGGCUGCGCCAUUCACAGCAUCGGCGGUGUAUCAGGGCGAAAAUGUCGUGUCGGGUGUGAUAUCCAGCGGUGUUUUCGAGGCCCCUCUUAUCGUCAACAAUGCAAUGCUCUCUAUGCGAGCAUUCGCUAAUCUCUUUGAGACGCCCGAGGGCCGCGAUUUGGCUAUGAAUUCAUUCGAUCAGAUCCUAGCGGGAGUGAAGCUUGCCUUGGCUAGCAGUGGAGAUUCACCAAACCGCAACCUUACAAUCGCCAUCACGACACUGUACAUCAAUUUUGCCGUUUAUCUGACCUCCGAGGGUAGGGGCCAAUCCUCCGAAUCGGCAGAACGCGGUCUUGUGCUCCUGGAGGAGCUGGUUCGGAUCAUUUCUGGGGAGAAGGACUCCGAGGCGGUCUACCGAGCACUCGUGGCGCUUGGCACACUUGUGGCAGUGCUCGGGGAGGAGGUCAAGAGUGCUGCUAAGGAGGUCUACGAGAUUGAAGCUGUUCUCACCAGAACCUUGGCUUCGGGCGCAGGAAAGGAGCCGCGUAUCAAGGGUAUCGUUAGCGAGAUCCGAGAGGUUCUUUAA